AUGAUCCAUGAUGCCGUCCUCGACUACUACGGCCGCCGGCUAGCCACCUGCUCCUCCGAUAGAACGAUCAAGAUCUUCGAGGUCGAUGGCGAGACUCAGAGGCUCACCGAGACGCUAAAGGGACACGAAGGUCCCGUCUGGUGCGUCGCGUGGGCACACCCCAAGUACGGCAACAUCCUCGCCUCGGCCGGCUACGACGGCAAGGUCUUCAUCUGGCGCGAGCAGUCGGGCUCAUGGCAGAAGCUCUUCGACUUUGCCCUGCACAAGGCCUCGGUCAACAUCGUCGCCUGGUCCCCGCACGAGUCGGGCUGCCUGCUGGCCUGCGCCUCGUCCGACGGCGCCGUCUCGGUCCUCGAGUUCAAGGACAACAACUACGAGCACACGACCUUCCCCGCCCACGGCCUCGGCGUCAACUCGGUCUCGUGGGCGCCCAGCACCACCCCGGGCUCCAUCGUCUCGUCCAACCCGGGCCCCGGCAGCACCGGCAACCGCCGCUUCGUGACGGGCGGCUGCGACAACCUGCUCAAGAUCUGGGCCUGGGACCCCGCGGCCAACGGCUACAAGCAGGAGCGCGAGCCCCUCGCCGGCCACACCGACUGGGUCCGCGACGUCGCCUGGAGCCCGACCGUCCUGCAGAAGAGCUACAUCGCCAGCGCCAGCCAGGACAAGACGGUGCGCAUCUGGACGAGCGACGCCGGCAGCCAGGGCGCCUGGAACUGCAAGGUGCUCAACUUCGACGCCCCCGUCUGGCGGGUCAGCUGGUCGCUGAGCGGCAACGUUCUGGCCGUCAGUGGCGGCGACAACAAGGUUACGCUGUGGAAGGAGAACCUCAAGGGCGAGUGGGAGUGCGUGAAGACCAUGGAGGAGUAG